UUCCUUCGUCUUUCCAACCCCCUCUCCCCUCUCAUCCCCUCUGGGCUGUUAGUAUUUUGCCUUCCAGCAAUGCACGAAUUUUUUUUUCUUUUUUUUUUUCUCGUCUUAAAACUCUUUUCUUUUCCUACAACUCGACGUAUCGGGCGUGUCCACUCAUUAUUCCCGGCGCCGGAUUAUAUGCGCCUAGUGCCCCCCUCCUGACAUAGCACACACACAUAUGAAAUAUUUUCCACCUCUUCUGCCCCCUUUUGGUGUAUAUAGUUUGCAAAAUAUUGAGUACAUAGUCCAUACGCUACAUUAUAUACCUCUUGGACUGAGUAGAUCGGUAUCAGGGAAUACCACUGGGGGCCACCACUACUAUUCCACGGCAAUAGCCGGGAUUCUAUGCAUCUGCGCUGCGUGUGUACUCUUUUUAUUCUCCAAUUAUUCCCGUCACUCGGGCGCACACAUACGGACACGACGAGGGGGAGAUCGACGGCGCCGGCUCGUCCCGAGAGGUGAAAAAGCUCCCCCGGCGUUGUAUUGCCAUCCAGCCCAUGGGGAUUAACUAAUAAUUCAAUCACGAUCAUCAAACCUUACGAAUUAAAUAGCUGUGAUUACACCGAAUGGCUCGACUCAAUCGCG